AUGGAAUGUUUUCGUCAGGUUUUUCGCUGCUUCAAGGCUCCGUUUACAAGGAGGAACACAGGAACAGUUAUUGAAAUUGGACCUCCAACCAAUUUUCGCAAGGAAGAACUACCUGCCUGCUUCUCAGAUGCAGAGUCAGUGAUAUCGCCCAAUCAAAACCCAAUCGAGCCACCAAUUCUGACAAAGGAGCUACAGCACGUUGAUGUAUCAGGACAGCCGGGAAGCGAUACUGGAGAAGGACGGGACGAUGAUCGAAAUGGUGGAUCUACAGCCUCUGACCGAGGACAAGAUUCGGGCUCAUGUGCAGGCAAUGAGCAUCUUGUCAUCAAGCCCAAUUUUCGAGAGCGUAUGAAGCCCACUAGAUGGUUUAAAUCCACCAAAUGUGAGGCUCGCGGGGAAGGUCAUAAGGACGACCAAGAGGAUGGCCAUGAAAUAAACGCCAUGAAAGAGAUUUAA